ACUUUUUGUCAAUUUCUCAUAUCAAUUUGAUCACAAUCGAGUUUAGGGUCUUGUUCUAAACAGUAAUAUUGUUGCUGGGUUUUUUGAAUUUUGAAACCAUCUUUGUUUAAUCACCCAAUUGAGUCUCAUAGAUUAAAUUUUAUUUUAUUUUUAAUUUUUUAAUUGAUUACUGCUUUUGAAUGAAAUUGUCCAUUCUUAUUUGGGUAUGUGUGAAAUUUUUUAGUUUUGAAAUUCUGUUCUUGUUUGUAUGUGACUCUGUUUGUCUCUAUAAGCUGUUGUGUUUGUUGUGUAUUUAAAAUUUGUUGAGAGAUUUAUUUGGAUGGUGCCUUCACAUACCUGUAAUAGUUCAAGAUUAUUUAUUUAUAAUUUUGUUACUAUCAAAUUCUAUGAGGAUAUAUAAUCAUAAUCCCCUGGAGGGGGUUCUUUUGGAUUUCAUUCUGCAGUUUCCAAUGUCAUUCGUGGUGGUUUUCUUUGGAUACGAGGGUGCAUCACAAAGUUUCCUAUUGAAGGAAAGCAUUUUAUAACCAACUUUUAAAUUUUGAAAUGGAAUGGUACUUUUGAGUAAUUCAUAAUUUGCAAUUUCUCUUUAUAGUAGCCUCAUAGCAUUUUAUAACCAACUUUUUAUUCUUAUAGUUUCUUUCGAUUACCAUAACCAAUCAGUUGUUUUGAAUGGAAUUAUGUAGAUGAGUUAGUAGUCUUUGUAGGGUAGUGCUAGAACAUGUUAUCUGGUGUAGGAGUGUUGAGGUGGAUUGGGUCUGAGGAGAGGCAAUUCUAGUGAUUGAGAGAGUGGUAGUUGAGAGAAGAAGUAUGUCGUGUUGGGAUUUUCCAUGCUUUGAAGAUUGCAGUAUUGUGCUUAUUGUGAUUACUAUUUAUAUUACUUCUCACAUGCCAGAGAGUGCCGAUGACAACUUCUAUGGAAGUGUCAUGGUCAGGUUACUGAAAAGGGCUGAAAUGACUUCAAUGGCAUCAACUAAGAGGAAGAUGACACGGGGUGCGACCAGUUCUAGACCAGACCACCAGUCCCAAAACUUAAGCUGUUAGGAAGGUGCCACUUUGCUCUAAGUGACAGCUCUUUGUGGAGGCGUUGCAAAAGAACCAAAUUGUUAUUGAGCUCUUGAGCUUAGCUUGCCAACAUGAUCAUUCAAGAAUCUAUCAUCGAAGAAAGGAACUGAGAUUACUUUUUUGACAUUGUUUUAUAUACUUUAAUGUUGGCCAGAGUUGUGAAUAUUAAGGGAUGGCAAUAGAUCAGGAAUUUUGGGGUUUUACGCGUGAAUUCUUGAUUUUAAAGUCAACUACUUUAGUGAUACAAUUUCAUACUUUACCCCACCCCUGACAAUUUUGACCUAUCUACCCUAUACUAUCUUACUUUAUCAAUGCUCUUCCAAACCUAUUUUAUUAGAAUUGGAUUUGAUCAAAUACAAUUGGGUCGGGAAAUUUUGCCAUGCUUUAGAGAUGAUUAGGAAGAUGGGGCCUUUGUUUAGGCCAUACACUUGUGUAUGUGGGAAUGGUUCAAUUCAUAUUGAAAUAAAGACAGAGAUUAUCAGAAUCCAAUUCAAAUUAAUAGCUAGUCAGUUUCUCGUAAUAUCGAUAUAGAGGAUAAUAGCCGUUACUUUCUGUGGGAGGCUUUUUUUUCGGACUAGCUUUUCUUUUUCUACUUCUUUAUAUGUUUUCCUUUUCAGUUCUGACCUGGGCUACCCUUCCGCCUUCCCAUCUUGUGCUUAGAUUGGUAAAAGUUGCAAUUUUUCUUCAAGAGUCUUGUACUUUCUAAUUUUUUUCUUUUACUGUUGUUUCCCUUCUUGCGAUGGAAAUGUUGGCUGAUUUCUUCAAGCGUGCAUGGAAGGAGGUUGCAGUGAAAGCCAAGGUCUUUUGUGAAUUUCUCUGCAGAAGAUGCAAUCCAUCUGCUUACAUUAGCCACCAUCAUUAUGCCCCAGAGAAAGAAAUUUAUCUUUCCGAAGAAUUAGAGAUGUUGGUGGACAAUCAAAUUGAAGAGCGAAGCAACACCAUAACAUAUCUUCCUCAAGAACUGAUCAUUAACAUCCUUUCAAGGCUUCCUGCUCAACUGCUUCACGAAUCUGUGAGGUCUGUCUGCAUGCGUUGGGAAUAUUUAGUUAAUGAUCCUUUUUUCAUUGAGGCACACCUCCGACAAUCAAAGACGGGUAUUUUCAUUGAAGUUAUCGGUUCUCCCGGGAGUUCCUGUUUCCUUGAGACAAAAGGUGGCGAGUUCAGUUUCAGUUUGACUUAUUACAAACAUGAAUUUCCUGGAAGAAUGAUAGCCAGUUAUGAUGGUAUUGCUUUGUUUAUUGACCUAAUCGAUAUUACAAUUUUGUAUGUUGUGAAUCCUGUUACCAUGGAAAAAACAAGGCUUCCUUCUCUCAAUGAGCCUCCGAAUCCUCUGUACUAUUGUAGCUGUAUUGCACGUGGUCGAUCUACCAGGCAAUACAAAGUAGUUCAUUCCUAUGAAGAUCUCAGUAGAGAAUAUCAUUGGGUUGUGUUGACAAUUGGUAUUGAUAAUUCUUGGAGAAGAAUCAGUAGUGAGCAGACAUUUAUGCGUAAUAUGGAGUUGGACAAUUUUCCGGUUUCUGUUAGUGGGGUGAUUUAUUGGACCGACUAUGAUUUUGAAGAAGAGGAUGGAAUCGUUUACUUUCUUGCGAUGGACGUGGAUGAUGAAACUAUUCGCAAAGUACCUAUUCCACCAAGUGGAUUGUUAGAGACUUGUGCUUAUACGAAGAUGGGAAAUUAUCUUUCUGGUUUUGUAACAGCUCCACUCAGUUUGCAAUUUGAAAUAUAUGUUUUGAAAGACUGGCUCAGGGGAGAAUGGGAUAAAGUCUAUGAGAUCAACAUUGAUGCUCCUCAGGGUCUGUACUUUCCUAUUGGAUGGCUGAACGAUGGUGAAAUGCUUGUUUUGGAGGGCUUGACAAUGGAGGGUGAUAUUUAUAUGGCUUAUGAUGUCAAGAAAAAUGAGACGCGUGUUUUGAACUUAAGCAUCUGUGGUCCUCGCUUCUACACUCAUGUUCACACCAACACCCUAGUUUCAUAUAGGAUGCCGUGAUAGUGCCUGGAGGUAAGUCCUUUCUUUUUUAGUGUGUGACAGUUAUCGGAUUGUGUUUGUGUUUCUUGUUAUGACAAAACCUUCAUUUGCCCCUUUGUUUUCCGUUAUCGUUUGUCGUGCAAACUUGUUCUGAGAUGUUGGGAUUUUGAUAGUUAUAUGACAAUAUGCUUAUAUUUGAGACUGGAUUUUAUAAAGCUUGGCUAGCUUCAUUUGCAUUGACAA